AUGGGUAAAAAGGAGGAAGAGGAGAUCAUCAGAAUUGCGAAAAAAAUGGAUAAAAUGGCGCAGAAGAAAAACGGGGCCGGGGCUUUGGACUUAUUGAAGGAGCUGCGAAGUAUCCCCAUGACUCUCGAGCUGCUUCAGUCUACCAGAAUCGGGAUGUCCGUUAACGCCAUCCGCAAGCAGAGCACAGACGACGAGGUGACAUCUCUAGCCAAGUCCCUGAUCAAGUCAUGGAAGAAGCUUUUAGAUGAGCCUACUGGUGGAGAUAAAACGUCAGAUGAAAAGAGGAAAGAGCAAACGACGCCUUCUUCUCCCUCGCAGGGAAGUCCAGAGGCAAAAGAAGAAAGCAGCUCCAGCAGUAACUCCAGCAGCAAGAGUGAACGCGCUGACGUUUCAUCCAACUCAUUGAUCCCGACUUUUCCUCGCGCCUCAGGCACCUCCGACUCUAUCAGGCUCAAGUGCCGAGAACUGAUGACCCAAGCACUGCAGACUGGAGAUGAUCAUAUUGCUAUUGGUGCUGAUUGUGAUGAACUGGGCGCGCAGAUCGAGGAAAAUAUCCUUUACAUUGAAUGGAAAGUGUGUUUGAAGAAGAUGUUUGGAAGCAAGUUUAAGAACACAGACAUGAGAUACAAGAACCGUGUGCGGAGCCGAAUCUCGAACUUAAAGGACGUAAAGAACCCGAAUUUAAGGAGGACAGUGCUCUGCGGGAAUGUGUCCCCUGAGCGGAUGGCUAAGAUGACCGCAGAGGUGUGUUAA